AUGGCCAAAGCUCGCGUUAAGAAGCGUACUCAUCUCCGGGCGCAAAAUGCCUCGGCUGCUGCCAAAAGUAGCACUUCAAGAGGACCGAAAUCCAUGGUCAUUCGAGUCGGUGCUUCCCAAGUUGGUUCCAGCGUGAGCCAGUUGGUCAAAGAUGUCCGAUUGAUGAUGGAGCCUGAUACGGCUGUGCGACUAAAGGAACGGAAAUCCAACAGACUCAGAGAUUACACAACCAUGGCGGGACCUUUGGGGGUGAGCCAUCUAAUGCUCUUCUCAAGGUCGAGUACUGGGAAUACAAAUCUUCGUCUUGCACUCACACCCCGUGGUCCGACACUUCACUUUAAAGUCGAAAACUAUUCUCUUUGCAGAGAUGUGGAAAAGUCACAGAAGCGCCCGAGGGGUGGUGGUCAGGACCACAAGACCCCUCCCCUGCUCGUGAUGAACAACUUCAGCUCUCCGAACGCGGACGAGACUUCCAAAAUCCCCAAGCGACUUGAGGCUCUUACCACGACCGUGUUUCAGUCCCUGUUCCCUCCGAUCAACCCUCAGAGCACUCCCCUUACAUCCAUCCGCCGUGUGAUGAUGUUGAACCGAGAGCCUGCUCCAGCUGAUUCAGAGGAGGAGCCUUAUAUCCUGAACUUGAGGCAUUAUGCCAUUACCACGAAGAGAACGGGCUUAUCAAAACGGAUUCGACGACUUGAUCCUAAAGAGAUCCGGAAUAAGGACGGGAAAGCAGCAAUUCCCAACCUUGGAAAGCUUGAAGACGCGGCAGACUACCUACUUGAUCCUUCCGCGGCAGGAUAUACCUCGGCGAGUGAGACCGAAAUUGAAACGGAUGCCGAGGUCGAGAUCGCUGAGAGCACGACGCGCAAGGUUCUCAACAAGCGUGAAUUGCAACGUAUGAAAGCCGGCGAACGGGCUCAAAAGAAGGCUUCCAGUGCUCCUGCGGUUGAAAAACGGGCCGUAAAAUUGGUUGAACUGGGCCCCCGCAUGAGGCUGCGAUUAAUAAAGGUCGAGGACGGAUUGUGCGAAGGCAAGGUGAUGUGGCACGAUUACAUCUCCAAGUCGGUGACCGAAGAAAAGGCAAUGGACAAGAACUGGGAUAAGAAGAGAAAGGAGAAGGAAGAAAGGAAGAAGCAGCAGAGGGAGAACAUCGAAAAGAAGAAGAAGGACAAAACGAAGGCAAAGGCAGACGGGGAAGACGACAACGAUGACGUUGUUAUGGAUGAGGAUUGGCUCAGUGAUGACCUCGACGAAGAAGAGGGGGGGGUUCCUGUGGAACAAGAGGAGGAGGAAGAGGAUUCAGACUCGUCCAUGGAGGAGUGA